AAACGGAAUUCGUUCAGUGAUUAGAUGAUUUGUAAAAAAAAUACGCAAGCCAAUUCAGUUGUGGUGAUCGAUUGGUAAACAGCAUUAAACACUUGAUGGUUUUAAGUUUCAUUGUAAUCACAUCUUUAGUGAGCGGCCGGCCAAAACGGAAACCGCAAUUUAUGCGAGAUUAGUGUAUUGUUUUACCAACUGGCAUCUUCGAGAAAUUAAACUGCGUCAUUGAACGGGCGAGGUUUAAAGACUUCAGUCAGACAAAUUUGCCAGAACGCGAAAUAUUGGCCCAAUUGCGUACUUGUCAAUUACACGCAGACGAAAACUGUAUAUAUUUUCUGACUAUUUUGUUAUCGAUCAGAUAGUGAUACGGCGAUGUCGUCUGUUAAACUGUUCCAUCUCUGUGUCGUAGUUUUAUUCUGCGCAAUCGUCUUGCCGCUUGCGUCAGGACAUUUUCGUUUUGUGCGUCGAAUAUUUAACCGUAGAGGUAAGGGGCUUUUAGUUGUUUUACAAUUGUGUUUAGUAUUUGAAUGUAUGUUUAUCUAUUAAUUGCAGUAAUUGGUUAUGUGAAGUAUUACAUAACAUACCUGUAUGGUCAUUAUUACAGACAUUGGACUCCUAAUGCAUUAGCCUGCGUGUAUCUGAUUUACAUCGAUAACGCGAGUCGAAUUAAGCUUUACAUUACUUAAAAAUAAACGCGUCUAGGCAAUGGACUUUACCAAAUAUUUUGGCGAUAUGGUUCGUUUUGGCGGAGGAAAUCCACAACAUAAUGUAACCAGUCACUGAAAAGCCCUGAUAUAGGGAGUGUGCUGUUAAAUAUCUGAAUCUGAAUCUGAAUCUGAAACUUUAAAGAUGCGGUACAGGCUUUGUUUACAUUUCGGUAUCCUAAAUAUUGAAUUUUAUUCGACAACUAUUUAUAUUUUCAUGAUUCUAGAGUAUAAUAAAUUAUGAAGACACAACAAUCAAGCUUUGCAAGAACAUAAAAUGAAAUAAAAACCUAUUAAAUAAACUGUUUGUAUCGUUUCUUUAAAACUGUGGCAAUUGAUACACCAGGCGGAAAUCUUAGUUUAAUUAAAGAUAAAGAGCAGAGCCCAGAUAAAAAUAAGAAUUAUAAGUAAAAAUUUAAUUAGCUAACGUUUCGUUGUUUAUAAUACAACAUCUUCAGAGCAAUCUAAAAUCUUCAUCUUCAAUUGCUCUGAAGAUGUUGUAUUGUAAACAACGAAACGUUAGCCAAUUAAAUUUUUACUUUUAGAGAGGGCUCCUAAUAGCAUCACAAAAUUAGUAAUAUUCAAAAGUUUCGUUGCGAAAUGUUGUAAAGUGUGGAUAAUAUAGCCUUGCGAAGUUUGUAAUUUUCAGUCAUUUUGUAAUACACAAUGACUGAAAAUUUUACAAGAUUUCGCAACGAAACUUUGGAAUAUUGCUAAUUUUGUGAUGCUCUUUCAAGCUGUGAUAAAAAUUUUGUCUAGACUUGUUGAGUUCAAAAUUUUGAUUAAUAUGGGAUUGGCCAUUACCAGAUUAUUUCCAACCUUGAUCAAUACUGUUUCAUGCAUUGUGUCCAGUGGUUAUUUAUCGAACUAAUUUUCGAAAAAUACAUUGUGUAAGUCGAGAAAAUCAAAGCGGUUAAAGUUUAUAAUAAUAAUAAUAAUAAUAAUAAUAGCACUUUAUUUAUUGAGGAUAAACAGAUAAAGUUACAACUUUUUUCCAAUCUGGUCCUCCUAAACUCUAUAUACACAACAACAAUAACAUUAAACAUGACUAUAUUCAGUACUUCCUAUAGGAGUAUGAACAAAUGAAAUCAUGGGUACAUUGUAAAGUAUUAACCAGUACUACAAUUCAGUUGUUCAUACCUCGAGAAAGCCCCAAUUUACUAAUUAGGCAAUUUUCUAACUAUGUCUAAAUUAUAUUUACAGUACAGUAUAACAAGUCGAAAUACGCGUUGACACACAACUCACAAGUGUCUAAAGUGACAUUAUAAACAUGACAGUAUUUGACACUUUCUCCAUGUACGAACAACCGAAAGUAGAUCAUGCUCAGCUAAAACUGCAGGCAUGAAUUUUGGCAGUUCGUACAUCAAGAAAGCAACCAACUUAUAGUCUUAAUAAAAGAGAAAACAUGCAAACAAACAAACACUAUGUAAACACUAUGUUUAUGUAAAUCAAGAGAAAUCUCUAUUAUGAUAUGACACUCUUAUGAUUUUUCUUUGUGCCCUCAUUAAAAUAUUUUUGAAACAUUUUUAGUAAAUUGAAGUAUUGUCAAAUCUGCGGAAUAUCUUAAAUUGUAAUCAAGAUAUAUUUUUCGAACUUUCAUUUUUCUUCCACAAGUAACAAUGUUCAUUUUUAUUACAUUUUAGCACCCCCAGCCCCUAGAAAUCCGCCCGGUCCACGGGGUAGCACAGGACCUCGGGGAUUUCCAGGGAUAAAAGGGGAGCGUGGUAUACCUGGUACGAUGGGUGUCAGAGGAUAUCCGGGGGCACCAGGUGCUCCUGGGGAGAAAGGUGAAUCAGGUGAGUAUUCACCCAGUUUCCUCCUGUAGUAACACUAGGUCGGCUGUACGAAGGUCGGAUAGCGCCAUCCACCUGAUAGUGACUUUUCAAACGUUGUAAAAAUGCUUUAAAAGUGAUACAACUACGAAUAUGGAUCCCACAAUUAAUAAAACGAAACUUUAAUUUUUGAGUAUUAAAGUUUAAUCUGAGUUAUACCAGUCAACGGCCAAUUUAACAAAGUUUGAAAAAAUCAGUAUCCGGUGCCAGGCCGUGUAAUUGAAAAAUGUAUAGAGCUAUCCAGUAUAAAAGUUGUUUUAGUUCAGAUUUUUUCCUGCAGGAACACGAGACCAAUAAAGGGUGACACUUAUUGACACUACUAUGAAAAAAGUUCAAUUCUGAUAGAGUUGACCAGGCAUCACUAAAGUUACUUCAGUGUAGGUUUUCUGCAGUAGCAACAAUAGACCAGUAUAAAAGGGUGAAUCUUACUGAACUUCUUGUGCGUUGUAUUCAAAUCAGUUUCGCAUGACCACACCCUAUAGGCCCAUCCGCACUACACUUAAUUUUUGGCACGGAUAAGAAUUGUAGUUAUACCAAGUUUACCAGCACUGGGAUUGCCGUGCCAAAAAAUUGUGCGUAGUAUUAAUUAACUGGCCUUGUAUUGCAUCGCUAAACUUGCCAUGGUUUCAACUGUAGGAUUCAGGACCAAACAUUGAACUAUAAAUAGACUGGAAGGCUAACUGCUAUGAUGAAGGCCUAUGAUUUGAUGAAGCCAAAAUAGUUUUUCUGAGUUAUGAGCAGAAAUACUUGACCCCAAACAUCGGGCAAAAUAUCAAAUUGAAGCUAUUGAAAAUUGCUAUUCGGUGUGGAAAUUUCAAGACUUCAGCGAAAAGAAAAAUAUUUUAAAAAUACAAAAACAACUGCAAAACGGCAAAUUAUCGGUAAUUACGUUUGUAGUUUUUCAAUAUUUCCCUUUUAGCUAAAGUCUUGAAAUGUCUACACCAAAUAGCGUUUUGCAAUAGCUUCAAUUUGAUAUAUAGCCCAACGUUCAGUGUUGAGUAUUUCUGCUCAUAACUCAGAAAAACUAAAAUGCAGUGGCUUCAAUACCCCCUGAGUUAGCCUUCCAGUUUAUUUAUAGUUCAAUGGGACCAAAUGGAAGCCUGGCUCUGAAAUGAGAACCAUUUUUUUCUGUUUUAGGGGAACCAGGAGGACCACCGGGACCGGCUGGACUGCCUGGACUUGACGGAUUACCAGGAGAGCUUGGAGCAAAGGGAGAGAAGGGACCACCAGGGGAUCUUGGUGAGAUGGGUAUUCCGGGUGAAAAGGGGACACCUGGCAGACCUGGUCCACCAGGAGCCAAAGGAGAGUCAGGUAAAUUAAACCCAGUAAAAAUAUCAGAACUAGUACUAAGCUAAGAAUUUUGAAGCCAGAAUAUUUAUAAUAAGGAGAGAUUUUUAAAUCUGUCACAUUCCCUACGAAUCGAAUAGUUAACGGGUUUAAAUUUAUAGUUAUACUAUCAAGAAAAUAUCUUUCACGUAACUUAAAAGAUGUAGCUUCCCACACGUCUUCAAGUGAGUUUUAGAUCGUUUUAAACACAAGAGAAUGAGACUUGAGUCGGCCAUAUUGGUGUACCUCAUUAGUUAUUCAUGCACUGGCAAAUUUCAGAGAUGCCACUAAUAACCCAUUUCUCUCUAGCCAAUUUUUAUUCCAACUAAUCAUCAGAAACUUGAAGAACCUCUUUUAACAUGUCAGCAUACCAUUGUAGCAAGUUCUCUAUUCAGUCCUAACUGUGAGAUCAGUGAUACAUUUAGUUUGGUAUAUUUUACUAGGUCUCUUACAAAAGCUGGAAUGUACUUUCUCCCAGACUCCUGGCCCUGAGCACGUUUGUCCGGAUCCAGAACAUUUGGCCACAAGCUGCUCUUGUUACCCAUCGUGCACCUCGUGGCAUCUUCGGGACUCCCGCACAUGCAGAUGUGAAUGUAAUGUGAAUGCAACGAUUGCCGAGGACGAGUAUUUCAAGACCGGAGCCAUUUGCUGUAAAAUACAGUCUUUACUUUCUGCUUUGUAAACUUGACCGCCGUUUUGAUUGACUUAACAUUUAUAUUCAAAUCAUUAGUGACCGUUAGUAGCAUUGUAGGGAAUAGAAGAAGCACCAGAUAUUGCUUUUGUGUAAUGUGUUGUUUUUCUGUGUUGUCUAUGAUUAUAUUUCAAUAUCUACACUAUUAUUGAUCCACUCACAGAGUUCAUAUUCAAGUUAUUUUCGUUGGUCAUGUGAG